AUGCCGGCGAAGCGUCUGAGAAUGUAUCAAACCCACGGUCCAUCGCUCGGUCAUACAACGGCUACUAUGGCAGAGUACUUCGGACAAGAUGUGUUUCAUCAGUUCACCGUACCAGCAAGACCAACUGUGAACAUCACAAAUAAGCUCAACUCUUUUGGGGGCGAGCAUGAGACUGAGGCGCUGGAGCAUUCCAGGCUGGAUUUGCCAAAAGUAUGUCCUCCAAUCUAUGACGGAGCGCUCUGUUGGCCACCGGCACUCUCCGAACAAAGACUGUACUCGCCCUGUCCAAGGGUCUUCAAUGGGGCCAGCUACAAUGAAAAUGGUGAGUGGCUUGUGCAUGAAGGUUGCUGGAAUCUAGGGGCUUCUGGCAUUGAUGAGUAG